CAGGGGAGGUAUCGACUAAUUGUUAUUACUUCAUUACAAACGUAUAUCGUCAUGCGUUCCCGUUAUUUACAAAACAAUUGUCGCGGACAGUACGGUACUGUUGCGAAUAAAUAACACUCAACACAAACAGAUGAAACGUCAAAACAGUGCCGAAUUCGUGUAUACUUUCAAAAUGUAAAUUGUGCGUAAUAUCAUUCAAAAAAAUGUGGCCUUGUGUUGCUUACGCGAGGAAUCUCCGGGUUCGAUUUCAUGACGUGUGACGCCCGUCUCUUUCGUUCUUCCUUAAAGAGCAGAAGAAAAAGUAAAAAGAAAAGAAAAAAUAAAAAAACGUUUUUUUGACUUCGUGUCAUUUUCUUCCACGACCAGCUGUUCGUUGACGCAACAGCACUUACGUUACCCGGAAAUAAUGUUACGAUGAGGAAAAAUGUGUUAUUAGUCACAAGGAAAAAGACUUCUUCCUCAUUUUUUUGUAGAAUAUCAUAUUUAAUUCUCGAAACGUAAAUGAAAGCUUUAACAUGUCUAUGAAGAAAGAAUCUCCGUGGGAUGUUGAACUACAUCUCGCAGCUGCUCGAGGAGACAGUAAACGACUCAGAAUCCUUUUGGAUUCUGGGCGUGUACAUGUUGACUGCAAAGACAAGGAUGGAACAACGCCGUUGAUAUUGGCAGCAGCAGGAGGUCAUGUCGAUGCUGUGACUGAGUUGCUGCAGCAAGGAGCAAAUCCCAAUGCGAAGAGAUUGACGGGAACAACAGCUUUAUUCUUUGCUGCUCAAGGUGGAUAUGCAGAAAUUGUGGCAGUUCUUGUGGAGGAAGGAGCAGCCAUUGAUUCGUGUAGCAUUGAUGGGGGUACACCAUUGUUCGUUGCUAGCGAAUGCGGUCAAGUUGACGUUGUCGAGGCUCUGAUCGAACGAGGGGCGAAUGUAAAUGCUCAGAUGAAGGACGGUGCAACAGCACUGUUCAUCGCAGCGCAAAAUGGCCAUGUGAAAAUUCUUGAGAUGCUCAUAGAGCAAGGAGCAAAAUGUGAUGCUGCUAGGACCGAUGGAGCGACUGCAUUAUGGAUAGCAGCUCAAAUGGGACAUGAUCAUAUUGUCAAAAGACUACUAAAAGCUGGAGUCAAAGUCGAUGCAACCAGACACGAUGGGGCAACGGCUCUUUUCAAGGCAGCCCAUAAAGGUCACACCGCGGUCAUAGGCGAACUUCUCAAGUACCGUCCAUCACUCGGUAUACUUCCGAACGGAGAAAGUGCUCUGCAUGCAGCUGCACUAACUGGUCAUAUGUCCGUAGCACGUCAACUCGUAGGAGCGGGUGCGGACCCUUUAUUGGUGAAUCUCGAGGGUUUGACACCCUUACAAUUAGCAAUGAGACAUUCACAGACGCAAGUGGCUAACUAUCUUCAAGACAAAGUCAGAGGAAGAGCUUCGGCUUCGCGUUAGACAAAGUUUUACAAAAGGUCAAUUUUCUUCGGAUUUAAUCUCGUUGCAUUAAUUUAUAUAUACUUAAAAAAUAUAUAUAUUAUAUAUAUAUAUAUAUUACAUGAACAUAAAAGAGGCUGGGAAUAUCUAAUGGGAGUGUAGCACCGUCCGAAUAGUUCGUAUUAACUAUUUACCAAUCGCUUUUCGCGGUAAAUCACAUACGUUAUGUUUUCCUAACAUUACUAAUAUUUUAUUUCUUUACUGUUCCCAGCAAUAUAUUAUUUUUGUUAAAUUAUUUGUUUAAGUACGAGUUGCAAUACUUUUCAAAAGUAGUCACCGUCCCUCGAAUGUUGCCAACUGUUUUAUUUGCACUUUUAUCAUUAUCAUGUUGUGAACACGAGAGAUAUUUUUCUAAUAUUGUCCAAUAGUCAAUGUAGACGAUUUUAAUUUUUGUUGUUGCGUUUGUGCGAUGAGAAACAAACGAGUUAUGCCAAUUAGUAUUAAAAUUUAUUAAAAAUAGUCGGGUAGUAAAAAUGGGAGAAAUUUAAAUGAGACUGACUCGUAUGCCUUGCAUCUCGAUCAAUCAUGUUGUGUAAAUAGAAGCAUUUUUUUCGAAUCUGCGACUAUUUAUAUGUGUUUAAUUGUUUUUUAAUACGUAAAUAUAUCUAAAUAUAUAGACGCGCGUAUAUUGGCACACCAUACGUCUUCCCAAUUUCUUGCAACAUUCGAUCCCGACUCUUAUAAUCGAUUGUGUUAAUUGUUAUUGUUAUUGUCGAACAACUAUGUUGACAUAUAUUUAAUAAAUGGUACAAUGAUGGGAAA